GAACUCCAGCAGCUUAGCAAGCAAUACAGCAAUAUCAAGCUUCUCCAACUGGAUGUGGUCUGUGAAAACAGCAUCAAGAAAGUAGUCAAGGAAGUGGAAGAGAUUGUGGGAGACAAAGGUCUGAACUGCCUCAUUAACAAUGCUGGCAUCAAUGUGCUUGCUUCCUUGGAAGAAGUCACAGCAGAGACAAUGCUCACCAUCUAUGAAACCAACACAGUUGCCCAGCUGAUGGUCACCAAGGCAUUUCUACCCCUCCUGAGGAAGGCAGCCCAGCUGAGCACAGGAAUGGGCUGCCACAGAGCUGCUAUCAUCAAUAUGUCCUCUCUUGCUGCCUCCAUGCAGCUCGUCCAGGCAAAUGAGAUGUUCCUCAAGGUCUACCCCUACAGGAUAGCAAAGACUGCUCUGAACAUGAUCACCAGGUGUCUGGCUGCAGACUUGAAAGCGGAUGGAAUUCUCUGUAUUUCUUUGCAUCCAGGCUGGCUUCAGACAGACAUGGGGGGAAACAUGGCUCCCAUGCAGGUGCAAGAGGCUAUCCCAGGUAUUCUCUCUGUCCUGGACCGUCUGGGUGAGAAGGAGAAUGGUUCCUUCCUGGACUGGCAAGGGGAAACUCUGCCGUGGUAGAGGAGCAGAGUACACUGCAGGAGCACCACACCACUCACUGUUUGACUUGUGCCACUGAUGUCUGUGUCUCUAGGGUUUUCUUAGAUGCU